UAACCCGCGAUUGAGAAUUCUUUUCUUGUUUGGCCAAGGAGAGCGGGCCGGUAGGGUAGGGUAGGGUAGGCAAAGAUAAUAGUAUUCUACUACUAGCGGACGUAGAGAGAGAGAGAGAGAGAGAGAGAGAGAGAGCGAGAGCAAAGCAUGACGGAGCCGGAGUCCGGUCGGAGUAGUAAAAAUAGUACUCUUCGGGAAGCAAGACGAGGUGGUGGAGGAGUGGGAAAGGCGUUGGUAGUGAUGAUAUGCGGGAGUUUGGUGUACUACCAUUGCGCCUACAGGAAUUCCAGCAUCGUCUCCCUAGUCUCCGAUGUCUUUAUCGUCCUUCUCUGCUCCCUCGCCAUCCUCGGCCUCCUCUUCCGCCACAUCAAAAUCGAGGUGCCCGUGGAUCCCCUUGAAUGGCAGAUCUCUCAAGAUACUGCCAAUAACAUGUUUGCAUGCUUGGCUAACACUAUAGGUGCUGCUGAGUCUGUUCUAAGGGUUGCAGCCACUGGGCAUGAUAAGAGGUUGUUUCUCAAGGUGGUUGCGAGUCUGUACUUUCUGUCUGCUGUGGGAAGAGUGGUCUCUGGUGUUACAGUGGCUUAUACUGCAGGAUUGUGCUUGUUUUGUCUCUACGUGCUUGCAGAGAACUCAGAGUUGAACAGUUCAUGUAUGCCACGGUUCCUGAAGAGGAGGGACCCUACGGUUCUUGUGCAGGAUAACAACAUGUAGCCAUGCAUGUACGAGCUACUAGCUCAAAUGGAUUGAAGAGUGUUUUUUUUUUUUUUUUUUGCUUAUUUUAUUUCUUUGGAUUAUAAACCGUUUCUUGGCAAAAUAAUAGUUCAGUGCAGAAAUAGUGAGAACCAUGUUAAUUCAAAGCUGUGGUGAGAUCACUGGUAGUACUUCGUGGUUCACCACCUAUUUUGUUUAUUUGUUUUUUUUUUUUUUUGGUGGUCUUUUACAUCUUUGGCAGUUGUAAUAUUGAUAUGCGUAUAGCACCUUAUGGUUUAUGUAUAAAUUGGAUAGAUAUAAUCUCACCAUGGCCAGUUUUUAUUUAUGAUUAAA